AUAUUGGUGUAUGCUGAGGUAAAUGAUCUACUGCUAGGAACAGAGUUUGCGAAAUUCAGAGGUCUUGAUUUGGUACAGGCUAAAUCAGUACAAGGAUUAUAGUGUGGGGCUUGCUUAAGGGUUUAUCACAUGAUACUUGAGCAGGUUGCACCAGGAGACAUGACGAGAGAGCAAGUAAUUUUUAUUUUCCUUCAUAUUAUUUGCCCUGUGGGGAAGCAUAACGGAAAAUUGAAUCAUCAACUGCAUACGGGCGAUCUCUUGUAUAGCUGCCUGUAUGGUUAUCAUAUCAACAUCAUGUGCUUGAAGCCGGUAAGACAGUAUUUUCUUAUUUUGGGGUUGGCCCUAGUUGGCAGCACUUAAAUGCACUAGUAUGUCCUAAUUUCCACGCCAUACCAUUCAAAGGGACAUGCUUCCUUGCUAUAUUUGUCGCCUCUGUUAAACUAUUGCCCCAACCGCCAAUCUGAAAGGGGCUUCGGAAUUGGAUAUGCAUUAUAGGAUGGAGUGAGGUUAUUUUUAUUGAACUCGUACAUAGACAAGCUCAGUUUUACGUGGACCAAUGGAGUUAAUAGUCUCUCCCUCUGAACAAAAUCACUGGUGGCAUGAUGGGCCAAUGACUCUAGAUUAGUAUGUUUUAUCACCUCUAUUUGGAAAAUCUCACCUGUCUAUUUAUUUCCCAACUCAUCCCAACUUAUCACGUUAUGAAUCAGUGUUGGUAGAUAAACCUACUCCUCUCACCGGAGUCACAGAUUACAGCAAAGAAAAUGGUCAAACUACUCUCAUAUCUUCUUAUCUUUGUCUUCUUCUCCAUAAUUUUCUCACCUGCUAGAUCUUUCUCGUUUCCUCCACAGCCCCAUGUCCUCAAAUCCUUCAACCCCAAAAUCAUUCAGGCUGCGAAGAGCUGUCCGUACACAGUUACCAUCAAGACAAGCUGCUCCUCUUCAUCUUACACCAGAGACAAAAUCAGUCUCGCAUUUGGUGAUUCCUAUGGCAACGAGGUGUACGUGAAGAGGCUUGAUGAUCCAUCUUCAGGGACGUUUGAAAGGUGUUCCACAGAUACGUUCCAGAUAAAUGGACCAUGCGCAUACGAUAUUUGUUAUCUAUACCUGCUUAGGAGUGGAUCGGACGGCUGGAAACCCGAGAGUGUGAAGAUCUACGGUCGAUAUACGAAGACUGUUAAUUUCUAUUAUAACACAUUCCUUCCAAAUGGAGUGUGGUACGGGUUUAAUCUGUGUUCUGAUAAGGAAGUGACUGGACUUGUGGAGAACUUGAAAAGUGAGUUCAAUGGCAAAGUAAUACAUAAUCAAAGUUUCUUGAGCAAGGAAAUUAGCAGAAUCAAUGGAAGAUAUGUUGUGAUUGCCUCAGUGAUUUAUAAUUCUUUACUUUCUAUAUUUACUUCAUUUCUGUUGCUUACAGUAAUCACACUAGCAUGUACAUUUCUCAUGCAAUUUUGGAUAAGCCAGAUUAUUCUUGGGCAACAUAGCUCAGGCAAUUCGAAUUUUGUGUAAUUGAUUAAUUAUGACUUUUCCAGGUGCUUAG